AUGGAAAACAAAAGGGUGUUCUUUGACAUAACAGCAGAUGGGAUUCCCCUUGGCCGCAUAGUGAUGGAGCUCCGGUUUGAUGUAGUGCCCAAGACUGCAGAGAACUUUCUGAAGCUAUGUACUGGGGAGGUCGGAUAUGGCUACAAGGGCUGCACUUUCCACCGUAUCAUCCCAAGCUUUAUGUGCCAGGGUGGUGAUUUCACCAACCACAAUGGCACUGGAGGUAAAUCAAUAUACGGUGGUAAGUUUGAAGAUGAAAACUUCACUCUGAAGCACAGUACCCCAGGUGUCCUCUCCAUGGCCAAUGCAGGGCCCAACAGCAACGGCUCUCAGUUCUUUAUUUCAACUAUCAAGGCUGAUUGGCUGAAUGGGAAACAUGUGGUGUUUGGUAAUGUGGUGGAAGGAAUGGAAGCGGUGAAGAAGAUGGAAAGUUAUGGCUCCAACAGUGGGAAGACCAGCAAGAAGAUUGUGAUUACCGAUUGUGGAGUCCUAGAAGACACACCUUCUGCUUGA